AUGGAAAAUAAAUAGUCCCUUUAAAUUCAUAUAAACUUAACUUAGUUUAUUUCAAAAUAGCACAAAGAAGAGCAAUCAGCAAAGUUAUAUGAAGAUUGGCAUCAGUUAAUAAAACAAAAAUUAUAAGGCAGCAAAUAAGAUGAAACUCGCAGAUUAGUUUAUGGAAGAUUAUCAGAAACUUAGCAAAAGAGUAGAAGACUUACACCAAAUCAGACAGUAUAAAAAGACCAGGACAUCAUCAAAGAUAUAGAAAACAUAAAGUUUAGAUUGCAGAAAAUAGAUUGA